UCUGCAGCGGCCCCUAGAGGCAGGCUCUCCGCGCUUGCGCAGAAUGUACAAAUUCAAGGACUUCCUGGUUUUUCGAUUUGCUUGAACUGCGUUCGUAGGGGGAGGGUCUCUGACACGCAGUGAUUCUUUCAAGAUGGCGCCAUGCAGGAAGAUGGGACAGAGCUUGAAUAACUACUGUAUAUUCUCUAUAUUUACCUUGGCAUUACUCUUUUCUCCACGCUGCCAGUCGGCACCGGCAGUAAACGCUGGGGUCUCACCGGAACAAUCCUCUCCUGAAAUCCCCGGCCCUCCCAUGAACGGCUCGCUGCAGACCACGCCCCACGACACCGGGACCACGCCCCACGACACCGGGACCACGCCCCAGGACACCGGGACGCCGGCACAGGCGAACGGCCCCACGGCGGGAAGGACCGAGGACGGGCCCGGGGGAGUGACUGCCCAAAACGAUCGCCCCGCAAACGGCACCGCCGCUGCAACCAACGCCGCCGCCGCCGCUGCCACCUCCUCUAAAGCUUCCGCCACCGAAGCUCCACCCGCCAUAGCGGACGACACCCGCCCCUACCCCGACCCCACCCCUGACCGCCACCCCCGCUAA